CCACAACAUCCCAUCAUCCUUACUUUCAAUCCCAAAAAAGGCCAGAGAAACUUCUAGUACUCCUCAAUCAUCCUACCCACCUCCACAAUGGCCACCAGAAACACCCUCCGUCGCGCCCUCCUCUACAUCCCCGGCUCCUCCCAGCGCUUCAUCGACAAAUCGCGCACCCUCACCGCAGACUGCGUCGCCUACGAUCUCGAAGACAGCGUCACUCCGCACAUGAAGCCCGAAGCCCGCUCCCUGGUGCGGAGAGCCCUCGAUCAGCCCGCGCCGGCGGGAAUCCGCGAACGCGCCGUGCGCAUCAAUUCUGUCGAUAGUGGGUUGGCGUUGGGGGAUUUGACUGAAGUGCUCCAAUCACCCAACCUCACCACGCUCGUCGUUCCAAAAGUCAACUCCCCCUCAGACCUCACCUUCGUCACGGACGUCAUCACACACACUCUCUCCCAACAACAACAUCUUCAAGGAGGAGCAUCCCGCCCCCCAAUCUCCAUCCUCGCGCUCGUCGAAUCCGCCAAAUCACUCACCAACCUGACCCAAAUCUGCGCCUCCUCACCCCUCCUGCAAGGCCUCAUCUUCGCAGCCGAAGACUUCGCCCUCGACCUAAGCCUAACGCGCACGCCAUCCCUGACCGAAUUCCUCUUCGCGCGGUCCGCGAUCGUAACAGCCGCGCGCGCAGCGGACCUCCCCUCGACGAUCGAUCUCGUCUGCACGACGUAUAAAUCGGAUAAGCCGGGUCAGGCGCCAGCCGUUUUGCAAGAGGAGUGUCGAGACGGAAAGAGGCUCGGCUUUAACGGGAAACAGUGCAUUCAUCCGACGCAGGUGGAGACCGCGCAGGCGGUGUUUGGGCCGGAUUUGGCGGAGGUGACGUGGGCGAUGAGGGUUGUUGUUGCGGAUGAGAAGGCUGCUGAGGCGGGACGGGGCGCGUGGACGCUGGAUGGGAAGAUGAUUGAUGUGCCUGUUGCUGGGAAGGCGAGGGCGAUUGUGUCUAAGGCGGAGGCGUGUGGGUUUGAUGUUGCGGGCUUGAGGAGGGAGUGGGCGGGUCAGGAGCCGGAGUAGAUAUCUUUUUUCUUAUCUAUUUAUUGAUGUUUUGGUUUGGGGGUUUGUGAGCGACGUGUUGGGUUAGGUUCAUCUGCUUACUGCGAAGUUUGAUGGGGAAAUGUUUCAGAGGUAAAGUUGGUAGGAAGUAUAUAGUCAUGUGUAUGACCUAGUGUUAUCAUUGAUACGAGGUAUACGGCAGAUCCAUACGGCAGUAUCAACAGGUACAUUCAUCAGGCUGAAACAACAAAGCAG